AUGAACUCUAUCGGACUCUCGGCAGCGCGCAUCUCGGGAAGAGUGUUUGCCCGCUGGCUAUUGCAACGUGCCACCACACAAUCGCUCAAAAACAGCCUGCGCCUUGCGCCCGUGCGCGCCAUGUCGAGCGCCGUCGUACCGCGCACGCACGACCAGAUCAUCAGCAAGCCCGACAGCGCUGGCGAAUACGUGCUGAGCUCUCUCGAUAAGCUUUACAACUGGGCAUUCACAGCAUCCACAUGGCCAAUGACCUUUGGUCUUGCAUGCUGCGCCGUCGAGAUGAUGCACAUGGCGGCAGCGCGGUACGACCAGGAUCGUAUUGGUAUUGUGUUCCGUGCGACACCUGGCAAUGCCGGAGCCCGUUGGGUUGUUUCUAUGGGCUCGUGUGCUAAUGGUGGCGGUUACUAUCACUACAGUUACUCGGUUGUGAGAGGCUGUGACCGAAUUGUUCCCGUCGAUGUCUACGCCCUGAUGUACGGCAUGCUGCAGCUCCAGAAGAAGAUCAAGCGCAACCGCGUCACCACUAUGUGGUAUCGGAAGUACUGA